GCAGCUUAUUGUGAUUACAACAGUGGAGGAUGGUCCGUACAAGCGGCUGUUCUCUGAUUACCAUUAAGCAUGGCCACGCCCGCACUUCACUUCUGACAGUGGGGAAAGAGGCUGUGUGUGACAGCUUGGAAGGUUUACUACUGCCUCAGGUCCUCUUCUCUGCAGUUGAGGUUUCAGGUUUCAAUCCUCCCAAUACCACAAGACAGAGCACCUGGCGGCUGCCGCCUCCGCCUCCGCGCCUUAACCUAGGCGGCUUGCCGAAGAUUUCAGCCCCGCGGCCGCGCACUCGCCCUGCCCUAGACCAGGGUUGGGCGCAGCGGCGGAGGUUGCUUCUUGGCUGCGCGAGCUGCGCGCGCUGGGAGGCGGCGAUCGCAGCUGGGCCGGGACUUCCUUCCUCCACCGCACGACAACAAAACAACCCUGCAGCAGGCACUGAGUGCUUGGCAGCUGUCUGGGCGAGAGGCACAGCGAUGGGGUCCGUGCUGAGCAGCGACAGCGGCAAAUCGGCUCCCCCCUCUGCCACCCCGCGGGCCCUGGAGCGCAGGGGGGACCCGGCGUUGCCCGUCACGUCCUUCGACUGCGCCGUGUGCCUUGAGGUGUUACACCAGCCUGUCCGGACCCGCUGUGGCCACGUAUUCUGCCGUUCCUGUAUUGCUACCAGUCUAAAGAACAACAAAUGGACCUGUCCUUAUUGCCGGGCAUAUCUUCCUUCAGAAGGAGUUCCAGCAACUGAUGUAGCCAAAAGAAUGAAAUCAGAGUAUAAGAACUGCGCUGAGUGUGACACCCUGGUUUGCCUCAGUGAAAUGAGGGCACAUAUUCGGACUUGUCAGAAGUACAUAGAUAAGUAUGGACCACUACAAGAACUUGAGGAGACAGCAGCGAGGUGUGUAUGUCCCUUUUGUCAAAGGGAACUGGAUGAAGACAGCUUGCUGGAUCACUGUAUUACUCAUCACCGAUCGGAAAGGAGGCCUGUGUUCUGUCCACUUUGCCGUUUAAUACCCGAUGAGAAUCCAAGCAGCUUCAGUGGCAGUUUAAUAAGACAUCUUCAAGUUAGUCACACUUUGUUUUAUGAUGAUUUCAUAGAUUUUAAUAUAAUUGAGGAAGCUCUUAUCCGAAGAGUCUUAGACCGGUCACUUCUUGAAUAUGUGAAUCAGUCGAACGCCACAUAAUUUUAUUAAAACGAAGGGAAAAGGGACCACUGAAUUGCACCAUUUAAGAUGCUGCUUGAACAAAUUGAAGGGAAGUUGUCAAUGCUUGAUGGGCAAAAAUGUACAACACAGUUAUAUGUUUGUCCAUGUUUAUUGUUAUAGUGCAUUUAAAAACUGCUUUAAUUUUGAUGAUUUAAAUCUGUUUUACAUCCUUGAGAUUCCUACACAUCUAACAAAAAAAAACUGUCUAUAUCAGUCGUCAUUAUAUGGAAAAGGCACAUGGUAGGCAAGUGGGUGGAGGAUCUC